AUGGUGCAGCAGCAGCAGCAGCAGCAGCAGCAGCAGCAGCAGCAGCAGCAGCAGCAGCAGCAGCAGCAGCAGCAGCAGCAGCAGCAGCAGGAGCAGCAGCAGCAGCAGCAGCAGCAGCAGCAGCAGCAGCAGCAGGCGCUGCCACCACUCACAACGUGGCGCGGCCCGCACCUGCACAGGAGCGCCGCCACCUCCACCUCGCUCAUGUCCCCGGCGUUGCCGCCCACGCUCGCCCCGACGCGCACGAGGGCGGAUAUGAGGCCGUCGUGGCCGGCGAACGCGGCCUCCAGCAGCGCGGUGCGCCCCAGGUUGUCGUGA